AUGUUGUUCAACUAUCUGCGAAAACCGAAUCCGCAGAACCUCUUGAGCUCCCCAGACUCAUUCAGAUACUUUGAAUACGCAAUGUUUUGCAUGGGAUGGCAAAGUCCAGCAACCUAUAAGAUUCUUUACUACAUAACAUCCAGUUUGCUUUUUGCGUGGUGUGCAGUGUACUUGCCCAUCGGAAUCAUCAUUAGUUGGAAGAAGGAUACAAGCUCCUUUACGCCGAAUGAACUGUUGACAGUUUUGCAAUUAUUUUUCAAUUCAGUGGGCAUGCCAUUCAAGGUUAUAUUCUUCAAUCUAUAUAUUUCGGGAUUUUACAAGGCCAAAAAGCUGCUGAGCGAAAUGGACAAACGUUGCACCACUUUGGAGGAGCGAGUGGAGGUGCAUCGAAGUGUGGUCUCUUGCAACAAGGCCUACCUUAUCUACCAGUUCAUUUACACCGCCUACACUAUUUCCACUGUUCUAUCGGCCGUCCUCAGUGGAAAGUUGCCAUGGCGCAUCUACAAUCCUUUCGUUGAUUGGCGAGAAAGUCGCUCCAGUUUUUUGAAUGCUGCCCUCAACGAGAUGGCACUCAUGCUAUUUGCUGUUACUCAAACCCUAAUGAGUGAUAUAUAUCCACUGCUAUAUGGUCUGAUCCUGAGAGCUCACAUCAAACUUUUGCGCCUGCGGGUGGAGAAACUGUGCACCGAGCCCGGAAAAAGCGAUGCUGAAAACGAGCAGGAUUUGAUCAAGUGCAUCAAGGAUCAUAAGCUCAUUAUCGAGUAUGCUGCUGCUAUACGACCAGCGAUCUCCCGCACAAUCUUCAUCCAAUUCCUAUUGAUCGGAAUUUGCCUUGGCCUCUCCAUGAUCAAUCUGCUCUUCUUUUCGGACAUCUGGACAGGAUUGGCCACAGUGGCCUAUAUCAAUGGCCUAAUGGUGCAGACAUUUCCCUUUUGCUUUGUUUGUGAUCUGAUCAGAGCGGAUUGUGAACUUCUGGUUUCGGCUAUAUUCCAUUCCAACUGGAUUCAUUCGAGCCGCAGUUACAAAUCCACACUGAUUUAUUUCCUGAAGAACUCCCAAAAAUCCAUUGCUUUUACAGCCGGCUCUGUCUUUCCCAUCUCCACCCGGUCGAAUAUUAAGGUUGCUAAGCUGGCGUUUUCGGUGGUUACCUUUGUCAAUCAACUGAACCUGGCUGACAGAUUGACAUAG